GCCUGAUGGGCCAGAGAAAAACUGUCCCAUUCACAACAAACCACAUGCGCUGAGGAAAUGCAGAACAUUCAGAGGGAAGGUUCUCGAAGAACGAAAAAGCCUUCUCAAAGAGCAUGGGAUUUGUUUCAAAUGCUGCACUUCAGCUAGCCAUCUUGCAAGAGACUGUAAAGUAAAAGUAAAGUGUGCGGAGUGUGACAGCGACCGACAUCAUGCUGCUAUGCAUCCAGGUCCGCCACCUCAAGUCUUCAGAAGGCCUACACCCCCAUCAGACAAUGGCGGGGAGGAAGAGGAACACAACAGCGACAGCACAGCCAUCAGCUCACACUGUACCCAGGUGUGUGGCCCAGGUCGAACAGCAAGAUCCUGUGCGAAGAUUUGUCUGGCCCGAGUAUAUCCACAAGGUCAACGUGAGAAGGCAGUCAACAUGUACGUGAUUUUGGAUGAUCAAAGUAACCGUUCACUUGUGCGAUCAGACUUCUUCCAACUUUUCAACAUCAAGGGCCAACCAUUCCCCUACUCACUCAAGACCUGUGCUGGGCUAGUUGAGACGUCAGGCAGAAAGGCAGAGGGCUUUCAGGUCGAAUCACUCGAUGGGCAGACCAGCCUACAACUACCAUCACUAAUUGAGUGUAAUGACAUACUCAUCGACCGCUCCGAAAUACCGACCCCUGACGCAGCCUGUCACCAUCCACACCUGCGAAGUGUAGCGCCGCACUUACCUGAGCUCGAUCCCAAGGCGGAGAUCCUCAUCUUGCUAGGCAGAGACAUUGUGAGGGUCCAUAAAGUCCGGCAGCAAGUGAGUGGGCCUCACAAUGCCCCCUUCGCACAAAGACUUGAUUUGGGAUGGGUUAUAGUAGGAGACGUGUGCCUAGGGAACGCACAUAGGCCGGCUGUGGGCACAUUCAAGACAAAUGUGCUAGAGAAUGGCCGACCCACCUUUCUCAAACCUUGCAAAGGCUUCAUGAAGCUGACUGAGGAUAUGUCCCAGGGAGGGGCGCAGAAGAACCCACCACACAAGACAUCAUUGGAGUCCCUCGGACUACAGGUCUUCAACGAGACGGAUUCCGACAACAAACCUGCCCCAUCAUUUGAGGACAUAAUCUUUUUGGAAAUCAUGGAACGAGAAAUGUACAGAGGGACAUCAAACAACUGCGUCGCUCCUCUUCCCUUUCGAGUUCCCCGGCAACGUUUAUCCAAUAACCGUGAACAGGUAUUCACUCGCUUCACCUCUCUGGAGAAAACGCUGCGGAGAAAACCAGAGAUGAGAGGCCAGUUUGUGGAAUUCAUGAAGAAAAUAUUAGACAACGGACAUGCAGAAGUGGCUCCUCCACUAGAGGAGAACGAAGAGGGUUGGUACCUGCCAACCUUCGGAGUCUACCACCCGCAAAAGCCUGGCAGCAUCCGCGUGGUGUUUGAUUCCAGCGCAAAGUACUUUGGCACAUCUCUAAAUGAUGUUUUUCUAACAGGCCCAGACCUCAAUAACUCACUCAUUGGGGUGCUGAUCCGCUUCCGCAAGGAACAGGUAGCAGUGAUCGCCGACAUACAGCAGAUGUUCCACUGCUUCCUCGUCCGCAAAGACCACAGGAACUACUUGAGGUUUCUGUGGUAUAGAGACAACGACAUGUCGAAGGACAUCGUUGACUACAGGAUGACUGUUCACGUUUUCGGCAACAGUCCGUCCCCAUCUGUGGCCAUCUAUGGACUGAGGAGAGCUAUCCACGAAGGUGCACACAAACAUGGAGAAGACACAGUCCAGUUUGUCGAACGUCAUUUCUAUGUAGACGAUGGGCUCAUCAGUGUGCCCACCGAAGCAGAAGCCAUCAGUCUCCUGCAGAGAACGCAGACCUCUCUCAGUGAAUCGAACCUAAGGCUGCACAAGUUUGCCUCAAACAGGGAAGCCGUCCUACAGGCAUUCGCACCUGAAGACAGAGCCGUCCUGAAAGACCUUGACCUCAGUGGUGAAGCCACACCAGUGCAACGCAGUUUAGGACUGUUGUGGGAGACAACGACAGACACUUUCACAUUUGCAGUCUCGGAGCACAAGAAGGCCUUCACUCGCAGAGGAGUUCUGUCAACAGUGAACAGCGUCUUUGAUCCUUUAGGCAUGGUCGCACCUGUAACCAUUGAAGGCAAAAGUCUCUUGAGGGGACUCAGUGUUGACACAUGCGACUGGGAUGCACCUCUUCCAGAAAAAAAGCUGAAGCAAUGGGAAGCGUGGCGAGAGUCACUACAUGACUUAAGCAAGCUGCACAUCCCACGUGCAUACACUGCAACGUCACUUUCCAAUGCAGAACACACAGAGUUAUGUGUAUUCUCUGAUGCGUCCACAAAGGCCAUUGGAGCUGUGGCAUAUCUCAGGACCAUUCAAGCUGAGGGACAAGUCAAAGUAGGAUUCAUCCUAGGGAAAGCUAAGCUGGCCCCACAGUCCGAACCUACCAUCCCUCGGUUGGAAUUGUGUGCCGCAGUAUUAGCCGUGGAGGUCGCUGAACUCAUCCAAGAUGAACUGGACACGAAGCUGAAUACAAUCAAGUUCUUUUGUGAUAGCAAGGUCGUGCUCGGAUACAUUCACAAUCAGACCAAACGCUUCUACGUUUAUGUUCAUAAUCGAGUCAGACGAAUUCGUCAGUCCACAAAACCUGACCAAUGGUUCUACGUCAACACAGAGGACAACCCGGCUGACCACGCAUCCAGGUCAGUUCCUGCAUCCAAACUGACACAGACAACGUGGUUCACUGGACCAGCUUUUUUGCACAAACAAAGACUACCCGAGGAAGAAACAAGUCAGACAUUUGGACUUGUUAACCCAGAAUCAGAUUCGGACAUACGCCCUGAAGUGUGUAGUUUCCUGACUCAGACUCAAACUCAAGGCCUUAGCGCCGAACGUUUUCAGCGCUUCUCUUCCAUGUGCUCCCUCACAAGGGCUAUUGCGCUACUAAUUCACAUAGCCAGAGCUUACAGACACAGCACGUCCAGUGACUGUAAAGGAUGGCACCACUGCAGCCUUCCACGUACUCCGGAUGAGUUGGCUCAGGCGAGACACAUCGUCAUCAGAGCUGCUCAAGAAGAUGUCUUCACAAAAGAGCUCACAGCUCUGGAGCUCGGACGAGCUGUAACCAAAGACAGUUCCAUUCAGAAGCUCAGACCUAUUCUUGAAGGCGACCUCAUUCGUGUGGGAGGAAGAUUGAAACACGCCGACUUGAGCAAUCCGGAAAAGAACCCUAUCAUCUUACCCAAGAACAGUCAGGUUUCUCUGCUACUGGUUCGACAGUAUCAUGAAGAUGUCAAACAUCAAGGCCGCCACCUCACAGAAGGGGCCCUGAGAGCAGCAGGCUUCUGGGUAAUAGGCGGAAAAGGGUUAAUUGCCUCAGUUCUGCACAAAUGUGUAGUGUGCCGAAGGUUACGCCGAAGAACAGAGGUACAACUCAUGGCCGACUUGCCACAAGAACGCCUGCACACAUGCCCACCCUUCACCUAUGUAGGAGUGGAUGUGUUCGGACCAUGGCAAGUCAUCUCCAGACGCACACGGGGUGGACAGGCCCAAAGCAAGAGAUGGGCGAUGCUCUUUUGCUGCAUGAGUUCCCGAGCCGUGCACAUCGAGAUCAUUGACUCCAUGGACACGUCAAGUUGCAUUAAUGCAUUGAGACGUUUCUUUGCCAUAAGAGGACCUGCGAAGCAGAUAAGAUCGGACUGCGGAACAAACUUCGUAGCCGCAGCAAAGGAACUAGGAAUGAGCAAACAACAACCUGACAGCACAGUUCAGAACUUCUUGAGUCAGCAAGGGUGCUCAUGGGUGUUCAAUCCUCCUCAUGCGUCCCAUAUGGGAGGAUCAUGGGAACGUAUGAUAGGCCUGUCAAGACGGAUCCUGGACGCUAUCCUACUUCAAGAGAACAUUCAACUUACCCAUGACGUCCUGUGCACCCUGAUGAUGGAAGUGUCUGCAAUAAUCAAUGCCAGACCUCUCGUUCCAGUGUCCACUGACCCAGAGUCACCCUUCAUACUAUCUCCUGCAAUGAUACUUACCCAGAAGAUUGGGGUUACCCCACCGCACGAGACUUCACAGACAAGGAUCUUCUCAGCAGGCAAUGGAGACAAGUCCAAGCCCUUGCCGACAGAUUCUGGCGUCGCUGGCGUCAGGAGUUCCUUCCCACUCUGCAAGCCCGCCGGAAAUGGAGAGAUUCCCACCGGGACCUGAAAGAAGGGGACAUUGUGCUCCUGAAGGACAAUCAAGCCGCACGCAACGUGUGGCCUAUGGCGAUGAUCACAGCUGUCUUUCCAGGGAGAGACAGCAAAGUAAGGAAGGUGGAGCUCAGGACAUCGGAUCAAGGUUCUCCGAAGGUGUUCCUAAGACCUGUGUCAGAAGUAGUUCUCCUUCUGCCAAAAGACUGUAGUUAAAGGACAGAGACAUUUAAAAGCUCAUAGUGACCUUUAAGGUCAGACGGGGAGUAUUCUGCCCUUCAGGCAUUUCAUUUGAAUUGAAUGCUUUAAAUUUGUGUUUCAUCCAGACUUUUAUUUUGACGUUGUAUUUUCGAGCUGCACAGGAAGCAGGAAGGAAAAUAGUUUACAUCACGUUAGAAUGCGCGCGUAGAAAACGUUGGAAACAGACGGUCACUACCCCAGAGAAAGGCUUCUUGCAUGUUGGUUCCCCAGCAGAGGCAUCGCUUUUUCACUCUCUUUCAUCUUUUGAUCUCUUGAUCUUAUCUACAUGGAUUCAAUACAAUGUGAAGAAUGAAAAUAAAUCUACAAACAAGAA